GGCGCGACCACCCUCCCGAGGAGGGGGGUUGGGAAACGGCCACCGCCGCCGCCGCCGCUUCCGCGGCCGCCGCCGCGCCCGGCCCGUGCCCCGGGAUCGUCCCACCGACGUUUCUCUCCUUUGCCCGCCGGCGGGGUGGGGCGCGGGAGCGCAGGCGGCGGGGCGGUGAGCUGCGGCGGAGCCUCCGUAUCCCCCGCCCUCCCCCCCCCCGGCGCGAGGUUGGUCGCGCCCGUGAAGAUGGCGUUGGGGCGCGCCGAGCGCUCGCCCUAGCCGACGCCGGGAGGGAGAGGCGACCUUCGGGGCAGCAAGAUGAGCGAGUGGGAAAGGUCGUUUCAGCGGAACGUCGUCCUUCCUCCGCACUGCCAGCGGAGACGGACUCGCCGGCCGGGCUCCACGGCUUUCCGCUGCGUCCUGAAGUACCUGGAAGGGGCUGCCCUCACCCAGGGAGCUGAGUACCAGCUGCGCCUCUCCCUUUUCGACGCCACCUACCACCACUUCUUCGGGAGGACGUGGAGGAGCAGCCGGCGAGCUGCCCGUGCCGCCCCGCCGCGCCCGGCCAGGGCGGCUUUCAACGAGACCGUUUACUUCCACACCUCCUUGAACCACCCCGGCAUCGCCGCCGUCGUGGAAGUGGUGGCGACGGCCGGGAAAGGGGACGGAGGCUCUCAGCAUCUCUCCUGUGGCUUUGGACUCAUCCCCCUCUUUGGCAACGGGUCGGAGGCGACGGAUCCGGCUGCUGAGGACAGAGCACUGAAGCUGUACCAUGGGACGCCGCGCGCCUUACUGCACCCGCGCUUCCAGGACCCCGUGGAAAAGAACAAAUACCUGACGGUGAUGGAGAAGAGCCACCUGCAGUACGCCCUGAAGACCCACCAGCCCCUGGAGACGAUAUUUCACCUCCUUCCCGAAAACCUGCUGGUGUCUGGGCUGCAGACCAUUCCCGGGUUGCUGCCAGCGCACGGAGAUGCGAGUGACUGCUUGCAGAAACCCCGGCUGAUGAAGCCGGUCACCUGCUAUCUGGAGAGGCUGUCCGUCCGGCUGUACCCUUCCUUGGAGGAAUUUGAGGAAGAACUGCUGGACUUACUGAACAGCGAUCGUUUACUUCAGGCUAACGCUGCGCCGGACGGCGACGGGGUGGCAGUUCGGGAGCGGCGGCUGCACGUCGGCGUCCACAACGGCCUGCGCUUCGUCCAGGCGCCGCAGGUGGCCGUGCUGGUGCCGGAGGCGGAGGUGGUACGGGGCGGCUGCCCGGGGGUGCCCGGCUCCGGAGCCAGGGGUGCAGGUCAAGCCCUGGUCCUCAGGAGCCGCAUCCAGCUGAGCGAAAUGGUCCCUCACCCAGCGUUUGGGGUCUGCUUCCAGCUGGAGUACGUCUUCUGCAGCUCGGGGAGAGCUGGCGGGAAGGCCCUGCCCGGCAGCGCCCACGGCGAGACGGCCGACAUACGCUCGGUGCGCUGGGCCGUCUGGAGCCCCGUCCUGGGUGCCGGCGAGGCGGAGGUGGUCCUGCCCCUGCGCGGCGGCGCCUGCCGCGGACCCUGCCAAACGUUGGUCUACCGGACCCCGACGAGCGGCAGGAGCUCCCGACAGGGGAAGCACGUGGAGUCUGGGACUGUCCAAUUCUAUGUUUCCACUGAUUCGGAAGAACAUCUUGUAACUGCUGCGGAGAUCCUACGUAAAGACAAGGACGAGUCGGAGAAGCCUCCUACGCCAUCGCUGAGUCCGCAGGCCCCGCUGCGAAUGGCGGCCUCCCCGCGGGGACCGGGGCUGUCGGCGUCCCAGCUUUCGGCCCCGGCGCGGGGCAGGGGCCAGCCCCCGGCGCGGCGCGGCCGUGGCUCUCGGCAGGAGGGGGGGAUCACUCACCUGGAGGCUGACCUCGGCUCGCCGGACCCUGAGCCCCGCGCCGGCGACCAGCUGCGGGCGCUGCCCUUCGCCCCGCUGCAGGUGCCCAUCGCUGCCGUGGGGCUGCAGGCAGGCAGUUCCCGCACCCUGCUCUCCCGUGCCUCCCUGGCGCGCCUGCACGCCGCCGGCUUCCCAGAGAUCCUGGACCACAACCAGGAACCGGUGGAAAUCUCGGAGCCGGUGGACCCGGCGAGUUUCAGCCCGCGGCUGGAGGAAGCCGACCCUCUGCAAGGCAACGAAAUAAUCCUGCAGUUCCUGGCUUUCGGCAGGGAUGCCCAGGAUGGCGUGGAGGGGACUUGGCCGAGGACCAUCUUCCUCACCUUCCAGUUCUACCGUUUCCCGCCGGUCACCACGCCGCGGCUGCAGCUGGUCAGCACGGAUGGGGGGCUGGCGGCUGUGCCGGCGCAGCUCCUUGUCCGGGUGAACAAGGACGGGACCCUCGACACUGGACCGCCGGGCUUGCAGCUGAAGUACAUGGUGGAUCCCGCUUUCCUGCGACCCGGGGAGCAGCGCUGGUUUGUGCGGUACCUGGCCGAGCACAGCCUCCAGAUUGACGUCUGGGACGGAGACUCCCUGCUCCUUGUUGGGUCUGCUGCUGUUAAACUGGAGCCCCUGCUGCGCCAGGGCCGGGCGGCCGUCAGGACCCACCACGAGCUGGAGGUGGCCACGACCGAGUACGAGCCAGACGUGACGGUGAUGGGCCGGGAGGCACUGCGGCACGGCGCCCUGCGGCCCCUCGGCGUCCGCGUGGCGGUGAGGGGCCGCCUCCACCUCUGCCUAGCCAACAUCGGUCACCCGUGCGAGGAGACCCCGGGGCAGCCGCCGUCCCUGCCGCCGCCCCGCUCCCGCGUCGUGCCUGCGCCGGACGGCGCUGGCAGCAUCCCGGCCGGCGGCUGGAUCUCCCUGAACGCCGCCGUCGGCGGGCGGGUGUCGCGGGCGCGGAGGCUGGCGGAGGUGGACGGCGAGCUGGCGGCCGCCCUGUGCGGCCGCCGGCCGGAGGCAAGGCUGGCCCCCCCGGCCGUCCCCGGCGAGGCCACGGCCGCCCGCCGGCGCAAGCUGCGGCGCAUGGCGCUGGUGCGGCAGCGGGAGGACGCCGGCGGCGAGAGGACGCCCCAGCUCUCGGGCUGGCAGGAGCAGCGUGCCCGGCACCUGCGGGACCUGCAGAUCAUCGAUGCCUACCGGGAGCGCGUCAAGGGCGAGAGCAUCUCCCGGAUGCUCAGCCAGGCCAUCACCGCCACCCACACCGUGCACGCCGUGCUGGGGACGGCCGAGUUCUUUGAGUUCGCCCUGAAGAACCCCUACGGCGUCCAGCACACCGUGACCAUCGAGGUUGACCACCCCGAGCUCAGCGUCAUACUGGACCCGAGGGAGUGGCGCCACUUCAAGGAGCUGACCAAGAGCGUUACGCCGGUGGAGGAGGAGAUGUUCCACCUCCGUGACGACCUCAGGCCUCAGGUCUACCUGCGCCCCAAGGAGACCGUCCGCAUCCCCUUCAAAUACCAGACCUUCUCCGCGGACCCCGCCGUCGUUGUGGCGCAGGGGCCGGCAGGGCUGGGUGCCGGCGCCGACGCAGCCACCCGCUCCCUGGGGAAGAGCGGGGCCGGGCAGACAAAGCACAUCCAGGUCUCCUUCCAGGUGAGCGGGGGGAAGCCCAUCGCGCUCCUGCGGGUGAAGGUGGAGCCGCAGCCCCACGUGGUGGACCAGACCUUCCGAUUCUACCACCCGGAGCUCACCUUCCUAAAGAAGACCAUUCGGCUGCCUCCCUGGCACACGCUCCCCGGUGCGCCAGUGGGGAUGCCGGGGGGGGAGCCCGAGAUGUUUGUUCGCUGCAGUGACCCUGACAUCAUUUGCGAAACCAAAAACAUGGGGCCCGGGGAGCCGCAGGACAUCUUCUUAAAAGUAGCCGGAGGACCAAGCCCGCAGAUCAAAAAGUUCUUUGUUGCUAUUUAUACGGACGCCUGGCUGGCAGCACCCAUCCAGAUCUGGCAGUUCUACCUGCACUCGCUGCAGCGCCUGGACGUCAGCUGCACGGCCGGGCAGCUCUCCCGCCUCUCCCUGCUGCUGCGGGGCACCCCGGCCCCGCGGAGGGUGCAGGCGUUCACCUCCCACCCCCAGGAGCUGGAGGUGGAUCCGGACGGCACCUUCCUUCUCCCUGCCAACGGCAUCCAGGACCUGUACCUCGGCGUGAGGCCCCGGCGGGCCGGCAGCAGGUUCAUCUACCUCAACCUGGUGGACGUGGAGUCCCACCAGCUGGUGUCCUCCUGGCUGCUCUGCCUGUCCUGCAGGCAGCCCCUCAUCUCCAAGGCGUUCGAGAUCUCGCUGCCCGCGGGAGGCGGGAGAGGCUGCAACAAGCGCAUCACCUACACCAACCCCUACCCCUCGCCCAGGCUCUACUUCUUGUGCACCAACCGGCCCGACCUCCUGCAGUUCAAGGAGGACUCCUUCGAGGUCGCCGGCGGGGAGGUGUACACCAUCGGCUUGCGCUUUGCCCCGAGCCAGGGCGCGGGCGAGGAGGAGAUCCUGAUUCACAUCAACGACCACGAGGACAAGAACGAGGAAACCUUCUGCGUGAAGGUCAUCUACCAGUGAGGCUGCACCCUCGCCGCGGCAAAGCGGCUGGUCUCCGUGCCGGCCACCGCCGCUCCCCCGGCAGUGCCGCCUCGGGGAUGCCCCUGUCUCCCCGACGGGGGGGUUGUGAGCCCCGUCCCCUCGCAGUCAGCACCUCACCAAGCCGGGAGGUCCCGCUGUCCGCCGGGAUGCCCGGGUAUUGCCGUCAGCGUCAGUGGUGCCACGCGGCUCCAUCUGCACGAAUCGGGGAAAGCGAAUGUAUUUGUUGCCGCGCGUGGUGACCGCAGGAUGUCUUUAUUUUUGUUAAGCGUUACUAUGUUUUAGGCACAUUGGAAUCUUUUUUUAACUGAAAAAUUUGCAGAUCUGAUUCUGCAGAAUAUUUUUAAAGUAUUUUAUAUUCUACAAUGAGUUUUGUACACACUGAAGCAGUUUUCUGGCAUUUCCGUUACUUUUUACUCAUCCUUGAUCAAUUAAACUUGCUGCACAGAA